AUGGCUUCCCACCCGUCGUCGCCGCCGCCGGAACACCGCACACCACCCGCUCCCAUCACCAUAAGUGACCUCGGCGACGACCAGCUCCGAGAGAUCUUCCUCCGCCUCCCGGACGUCCCCAGCCUCGCCUCUGCCGCCUUCACCUGCCGCGGCUUCCUCGGCGCCGUCCGUUCGUCCCGCGCCUUCCGCCGCCGCUUCCGCGCGCUCCACGCACCCCCGCUCCUCCCUCGCUUCCCCGCACACAUGGUUGCUCCGUUCCACGCCUCACGGCACCCCUCCGCUGGAUUCACCCCCCUCCAAGACGACGACACUUCCGACUGGCGGGUCGAUCUCUACGAUCCUUCGGUUCUCUACAACUACAAUGGCGGCUGCAUCGCCAUCAAGCACCGGAGCGCCAAGCACAGAGUUUGGUACAACCCUCAAACGAUGGCCUUGCUUCUCCGCCCCAAGGAUCAUCAUGACAUGCCCGACGGCACCACCCUUGGGUUCCACACAUUCUGCUCCGAAGAUGAUCAGAUGCCAUCCCGUGUGGUAUGUGUCCGCCACGACUACUCACGGCCUUGCGCACGCGUCGCUGUCUUCUCAUCAGACACGAUGGAGUGGCAGAUCUUCCCGGAGACUGCGACGCCGCUGCCUCAUGGCCUCAGGAGCACAGCUUGCACCGUGCUGGAUGGGUUUAUCUGUUGGCAAUGCGGGUCCAUGAGCGAGGUACAUGUCAGCGAGUACAUUUUCGUGCUCAAAACAGAUACAUUUCAGUUCUCUCAAAUGAAUUUACCGCCGCCCUUGAGAGUGGCACACCAAAAUUUUAAGAUUGGACAGACAACUGACGGCAAGCUCUGUAUCGUAAAUGAGAAGGAAUGCAUGUUUAGUAUGUGGAUCUUGACAGCUGGCGAUGACGGCAUCGAGAAAUUUGUGCUGCACAAGAUGUUCCCAUUGCACGCUAGCUUUAUGGAGAUAACCAGCUGUUCAGUGGAAGAUACAAUCUCAGUGCAGCUUCUGAUGGUUUUCAAUGGUUUUGUGUACUUUGUACUUCGCCCAUGGAAGAAUUACGUGGAUCAGUGCAGAUCCCCUGAGUGGUUUCUGUCCUUGUCUCUGGAAACAGCGGAGCUGAAGCAACAUCUGAAGAAUGGAAAGCGACUUGGCUUCCCCGUCCAUCCCUACUCGGCCUGGCCUCCUAUUCUGCAAUACAUCUCGGAGGAUUCAAAAUCUGAGGUUACUGUAAACGGUGUUGAAGAUGUUGGUUCUGAGAGCACAGAAAAGGAUUCAUCUAUCCUUAUAAAAGCAUUACGAUCAUAUAAAGAAGGUUUGAUUAAGGAUGGUGACGCAAAUGUUGCAGAGAUAGAGGCCUUCUCGCUUUGUAUUGACGUUGAGGAUGAGAAGAACUCUCUUGUGAGGAAAAUCGUUGCUUUAGAUGAACUGUUAUUAACUGUGAGAGAUCGUGUCUUGAGGGCGGCUGCAGACUCUGAAUUCGCAGACUCUGAAUUCUGCAGACAGAAGAUCAAAACAGAGAGCUGGUGGCAAAUGUGCAAGGUGAAGUUAUGGAGAGCUUUCUGCGCUAAAUAA